AUGCAGACUGUACAGAGUAGACAAAAGAGUUAUGCUGAUGUGAGACAGAAAGAUCUUGGAUUUUUUGUGGAGGAUAAAGUGUUCUUGAAAGUAGCACGGAAAUGUGUCUUACGAUUUGAAAAGAAAGGAAAGUUGAGUCCUCAUUUUGUUGGACCAUUUAAGAUUCUUGAGCGAAUUGGUUCUGUGGCGUAUUGUUUGGCAUUGCUGCCAUCACUCUCGAUAGUUAAUGAUGUAUUCCAUGUUUCUAUGCUGAGAAAGUAUGUGUCAAAUCCAUCCCAUAUAGUAGAUUAUGAGCCAUUAGAGAUUGAUGAAAAUUUGAGUUAUACAGAACAACCAGUUGAGAUAUUGGCUAGAGAGGUAAAGAUGUUGAGAAACAGAGAGAUCCCUUUAGUUAAAGUCUUAUGGCAGAAUCACAAAGUUGAAGAGGCUACAUGGGAUAGGGAAGACGACAUGAGAGCUCGUUAUCCAGAGUUGUUCGAGGAAUAG